UUGGUCAACGACAGCCGUAACCUCUACGGCGUGCUUCACCGCUCCUACCCCUCCAGUGUAGACAAGUUUUCUUGCAUUUCAAUGAUUUUGACAAUGAAACCAUCGCUUUUUCAAUGCAGAAAUUUACGGAUUUAGACGUUAGAAGUGUGUUUUUGGUGGUAAUGGUUGCACGCUGUGGCAAAAGGGACUGAAAAACUUAUGGUUCGUGGGAACGUUACCGGAGGACAGUUCGACCAUCAAUUUGGCCUUUUGUUUUUGUUAGAUGCUUGAAAUUUAGUUCUGUCACUCGCGUGGGGUAUUUGUAGAGCGAAUCUGAUAAAGUUGGCGAACUUGGCCAGUAAUAUGCUCAAUGGUUUCCCAAGUGGAUGUCUUGAGCGAUCGAGAAAAGGAGAUUUUGUCGAAUUAUGACAGCCGAUUUUACGGAUUUCUACGAAUUCAAGACCCAGUUGGAGAUCCAUCACUGCCUGACCUGAACCACAAAUCGUUAUUGCUCAAGGGUGUAGAUUUUUUCGAGAAAGAAUUGCAACGAGAAGGGAAGUCAGUUCAUCCAUCCACAUUCUGCAGACUGGGACAUAUUCACCUGUUGCUUGACGACUUUCCUAAAGCGCUUUCAGCUUACCAGAGGUUCUUUAACGUCCAACAGGUCGAUUAUUGGAAGGAUGCGACAUUUCUUUAUGGCCUAGGGAUUGUAUAUUUUAACUUCUCAGCAUAUCCCUGGGCAGUAAAGAUCUUUCAACAAGUGCUGUAUAUAGACCCCAGCUUUAAUUGUUCCAAUGAAGUUCAUCUCCGACUGGGAAUCAUAUUUAAAGAACAGGGAAGCUGUGAAGCCAGUAUUAAACAUUUUCAAAUGGCAUUAAUGGAUUCCAGCCCUUGUUCUUUAUCAAAAGUUGAAAUUCGCUUUCAUCUGGGACACCUUUUCGAGAUGCAGAACAAAUGUGAUUUAGCGCAGGAAAUGUAUGAGACUAUCAUAGAGACUCCUAAUACGCCUAAUGCUGUCAGGGCUAAUGCUUACAAACAAUUAGGGUGGAUGUAUUACAACAAAGAACACCUGGGUGACAGAACAUCCAGAAUGGAAAAAGCUGUCCAGUUGUUGCUGAAAGCUAUUGAGACAGAUCCGAACAGUGGCGCUGCAUGGUAUUUAAUUGGAAGGUGUUAUGCCAUGCAAGGAAAAGUUCAUGAUGCUUUCACUUCAUACCGUCAUGCCAUUGACAAGUCAGAGGCAAAUGCUGAUACAUGGUGCUCCAUAGGUGUAUUGUAUCAACAGCAAAAUCAGCCCAUGGAUGCUUUGCAGGCCUAUGUGUGUGCCAUUCAGUUGGACCCAACCCAUGUGGCAGCAUGGACAGACCUAGGUAUUCUAUAUGAAGCCUGUGAACAGUUGAGGUAAAGCUUUUGACCAGUGCUCAGAUACAAGGUCUACAACAACAACAACAACUACAGCAAAUGUAUUUGCAACAACAACAACAGCAGGUCACAGAACCAAACAAUGUGCAGGCUCAUGAUGCAGUUCCUAUGGAAAAUGCAGUCAUGUAUUCAGCGGGUAAAAAUAUGGCAAACCAUGUUUCUUUGCAUGAUGGGAAGGCCGAAAAUCACGAUGAACUUAAUCAAUCUUCUGUUCCUGGUUCAAGCUCACAAGAAAACUGGCCUGAUGCAGUCCAGCCACUGAAUGGACAAAUACUGGUUCCAACAUGCUCUGAAAAUCAAUUUGCUAAAUCUACAGAUGGUUUGACACAAACUGUUACAUCUAGCAUCACAACCCAAGGAAUUUCGCUUCCAUUACCUGGGCCGUUCUCGCAGUCAGAGUCACUUUUCACAGAAGCACACAGCGAUUCAGGUGUUUCUGCCAUGGAAACCUCUAUUGCAGGGGAUGAUCCAUUGAUGGCAGUCACUGAACAACAAAAUUCUUUAGCAGGACCUGAUGCAUUGACGACUACUUCUCCUCUAUCAAACUUCGUUUCAACGUCGUCCAAUGCUUCAAUGUUUAACUCAAGUGUUCCUAGUAGUCAAGGAACAACUCUUCUUCAAGGCGAAUCUGGAACAACAGCAACUUCUGAACAAUCUCUUUCAAGUGGAAUACACUCCACUCUCUUGAGUGAAAUAAAUUGUACUGGUGAUGUGAAGCCAAGCCCGCUAACAGGAACUAGUGAUCCCACACUAAGCAAUGGACCCAUGUCAAUGUACACAGGAUUUCCAAGUUCAGCUGCCGGUGCAGCGAGUGGAAUAUCAACCAUUUCUCCCUUCUCACCCCCAAGUCAUUACGUUAUGUCCCCAACACAAAAAUCGCCCUUUCACACGACCGCAUCUCAACUCUCCCCAAGUCUUACUCAACCUUUGUCUAUCAUCAACCCAAGCUGUUUAUCGCCAAGUUCAGGCCUACAGGGAGGGCAGUCCGCUUUCUCUCCUGCGUCUCUUAUUCCAACGGAUCUCUUAUCUCCAUCAAAACAACUCGCAGUCAUCUCACCUAGCUCAUCAUCCAAGUCACCGUUCAACCUCAGUUCAGGGGGCGAUAAUUUGGCUAUUCCUAAAUUGAACUUGCUGUGUGAUUCCAAUGCGUUACCACACCCUCCAGAUACUCCACUUCCUCCUCUUCCUACAGACAAGUUGUCACCACAGACACCAAGUAUUUAUGUUGAAAACAAGAAGGAUGCAUUUUCACCAGCACUUCAAAACUUGGUGCUAAGUAAUUCCAAUCCCAUCCUAGUGAUCAGAGGGCUAGCAGCAGCACUUAGAUUAGAUCUUAGUUUGUUUUCAACCAAGACUCUUGUUGAAACAAAUGGCGAACACCAAGUAGAAGUGAGGACACAGAGACUUCAAGCGUCAGAUGAAAACUGGGAUGCUGCUGGUGAAAAGAAAGUCUGGUUGUGCGAGAGCAGCAGGUCGUAUACAACUAUUGCAAAGUAUGCCCAAUAUCAGGCGAACUCAUUUCAAGAGUCUUUGAAGGAAGAGCAGGAUAGACAAGCGGGCAUCAAAGAACCAUCGCAAUCAGACAGCGAUUCAUCGUCAAGCUCCAAGAAUGGCAGGAAAGGCAAAGGAAAGAAGUUCAAGUGGAUUAAAUUUGGAACUAAUGUUGAUCUUUCUGAUGAGAGAAAAUGGAAAACGCAACUACAGGAACUUACUAAACUUCCACCAUUUGCCAAGGUGGUGAGUCCUGGCAACAUGUUAAGCCAUAUUGGUCACACAAUCCUUGGCAUGAACUCAGUGCAGUUGUACAUGAAGAUACCAGGAUGUAGGACACCAGGUCAUCAAGAAAACAAUAAUUUCUAUGCUAUAAAUAUUAACAUUGGACCGGGAGACUCGGAAUGGUUUGCAACUCCAACAGAAUAUUGGGGCGUUUUACACAACUUGUGUGAAAAGAAUAAUGUCAAUUUUCUAACAGGCUCCUGGUGGCCCAUUCUUGAGGAACUUUACGAGGAGCGUGUGCCAGUGUACAGAUUUAUUCAAAGGCCUGGUGACCUGGUCUGGCUCAGUCCUGGGGUAGUACAUUGGGUACAGUCGUCGGGUUGGUGUAACAAUAUUGCCUGGAAUGUCGGUCCUCUUACAGAGGACAUGUACACAGCAGCUAUAGAAAGAUAUGAAUGGAACAAACUACAAGGUGAGAAGUCCAUUGUGGCCAUGCUACACUUGUCGUGGAACCUCGCAAGAAAUGUGAAAGUCACCGAAAGGAAGUUGUUUGAACAUAUAAGAGUUGUGCUGGCCAGGUCACUCAAGUAUUGUCAGAUUACUGUGGAGAAACUAAAGCAUGCUGGGAUUGAGGUGAUGUGGCAUGGGAAAAAACACAAUGAAGGAUCUCAUUACUGUUUUCAGUGCGAGGUGGAGGUUUUCAAUAUUCUGUUUGUCACAGACAACAAGAAACACGUCGUGUAUUGUCAAGAUUGCGCCAGAAAGACCAGCAGUAAUCUUGCUGGAUUUAUAGUCCUCAAUCAG